UGAUUCAUGUGAACCAUGAUACGGAGCAAUGAAACCACAAAAGCUAAGACUACUGACACACACACACACAUACACACUCACACACACACACACAGUCCAGUGAGUGCCUCGCUGCCACUCUUCCUGUUCAGAGAUAAACACGUUGGUUUCAGCUGCUGAGUUCAGAGGUCCUAAACUCGUCACUUUUUCUGUUUUCUUAAUUUCCAGCGACGGUUUGAAAACUGUGAAGAAGACUGUGGCUGAUUUUGUCAGCAAAAUGAAUAAAAGUCAAUAAAAGUUAUCUGUUGUUUACUUGUUUUUGUCUCUCUCGCUCCAUAAAUCAGAAACAUCAUCGCUGAGCCAGAAACCUAAAGUGAUUUAUUGACUUAAUUAAUCUGUUGCUUUAAAUUCUCAGAAUGUCUGAAAACCAACAAUCCGUUUAUUUUUUGGAAUAAACAGAUUUCUUUUGUCACUCUGACUUGAGGAUGUUUCCGUUUAUAUAUCUGUGUACACUGGCCCACUUCCUCUUCCUUUCCUGCCUUCAGUGAACUCACUUCCUCCUAACGGAGCUGCUGCUCACCGGGACACUUUCUCUUUUAUUUCAGCAGAUAAUCUGAAGCUCGGGGGGCACCGACUGAACAGAUACUCUCACGUUACACUUUUUACGUCCCGAUUCUUCCUGGUGUGUGACUUAUUUUAUUUAUUUAUUGUUUUAGUGAGCCUUUCAGAGCGCCCUCCCCUCUCUCUGCUCAUGUUUGACUAACUGCCAGCAGCUGUUGCUCAUUUCACCGAGGUCCCGCCCAGCCCAGGCAGCCAGAGGAGCUCGGCACAUGAAGUGAGCAGCACAGCUCCGUUAGAGGAGGAACCACCGAGGAUCUCCUGCUGCUGUUGAAAGAAGUCUGGACCGCGCCGUGGGAUAAUAAAGUCCUCCUCGUCCCUCUCCCACUACCGGGUCAGAGCGAGCAGAGAAGACAUCCUCCUCCUCAUGUUCCCGCGGGCGGAGCGGGGGGCCCGGCGAGCAGACCCGCCCGCGUCCUGAUGGGGAUGGCGCUGCAGAGGAGGCUGCUGAUCUGCUUGGGGGCCGUCAUCUGCCUGCUGGCCAUCUACGUCCUGUGUCUGAAAGUGCAGUGGCCCUUCCUGUCCGCCAUGACCCGCAGGAUCUCCAGCUACAAGGUGUCAAAACCAAAACUGACCCAAACCCUGGACCACCACACGACCACUUUCAGGUCUCAGAAAGUCAAGAGGCCCAAACCUCUAACAACAACAACACCCUYAAAGGCGGUCAGACCCACAGAGCCCCCCUUCAUCGGGGACUCUUACAUGGUUGAUGUCGUCCCACCAAAAACUCUCUGGUGGAAACUCUGUCCGUCCUCAACUCCUCGGCCAACUGGCAGAUGUUGGACGACUGGGCRUCUCAGAGGAACGGGUCGGACUGCAGCCGCUGCGCCGUGGUGGGAAACGGGGGGAUCCUGAAGGGCUCCAAGAAAGGGAAGGAGAUCGACGGCCACCACUACGUCUUCAGGACCAACGGAGCCGUCAUUAAAGGCUUCGAGGAGGAUGUGGGGUCUCGGACCACCCACUACACCUUCUCCACAAACACCCUGAUGAACUCCAUGAGGAGCUACGCGGGCGCAGGGUACCAAGGCCCGCCAGUGUCUCCGGAAACCCGAUACAUCUUCCUGCCGGACCACGACCGGGACUACCUGCUGAUGAAGGCAGCGGCGACACACACUCUGGUGGAGCGAGGACGGGAGCGCGCCAAAGAUCCCACGAGGUACUUUGGGAAGAACGUCACGGCAGAGAAGUUGAAGAUGUACCACCCAGAUUUCAUCCGUUACCUCAGAAACAGAUUCCUUCGAUCCAAUGCUCUGAAAACCAGGUACAGGGACAUCUACCGCCCGUCGACUGGUGCCUCCAUGCUGCUGGCUGCUCUGCACACCUGUGACCAGGUGAGCGCGUACGGCUUCAUGACGCCCGACUACAAAAACUACUCUGACCACUACUUUGACAUCUCCUACCACCGGGUGGGCUUCUUCAUCAACCACGACCUGCGCAUGGAGAUGAACCUGUGGCAGCAGCUGCACAAGGCGGGACUCCUGCAGCUCUACAUGCACCAAUAACGCUUCAGCUUCCUGCUCCAGGAGAUGAGCCGAAACAUCACCAAAACGCCUUCAAACUAAAAAAAUGAGAUUUUCCUUUCGUAAAGGAAAAGUUUUUUUUUUAUGACAGCAGCUGUGAUUGUUUACAAUGGAAAUUUUAAGUUUAUUUAUCCAGUAUUUUUGGUGUAACACUAAAAAAUUAUUUAUUUUUGGUAUUUGGGGGUUUCUGUGAAUCAGGGGAGAAUGCUUUAUUAUUAAUCCUCAGAGGAUGAACCAUGUUGGCUUCUAAUUCUCUGAAAUUCACUUUGUUGCUAAAUGAAAUUUAUGGCUUCUAGUUUUUUGUAUUUUUACAACUUUUUAUUUAAACAAAACUAAAAACGUUAUUCCCUUCAGUCCAUCUAUUUUCAGUGAAGGGGGAAAAAACGGGCACAAUUUAAACCAAAAACUGUAAAUAUAAAACAUUAUUUUUGAGCUGAAAUUAAAAUUUGAGCUCUCUGUUUGAARCAUCAACCAAAUCACUCGGCUGCAGCAGGUUAUAUUCAGUUUUUUUUCUAAUGUGAGAACUCCAGCUUCAAACUUAAUUCAUGUUCAUGUCGAAGGAUGUCUUUACAGAUUUUACUUUAAUGGUUUGUCGCCGACCGGAGUGCCUUAAUGUGAGCCAGGAGUCCUGAUUCCCGCAGAAACAAAGUUUGGACUCGUCUGUUUGCAGCUGCAGCUCGUCUCUGUGGGACGUCCGUCAGAAUUAUGCAUUUUUUUUUCUGCAUAGAUAAAACACCAUGUAAGACCAAACAACAAAUAAAUCAGGGAUUUUGUUAUCAAUGAUUUCUGCGAAGGGAACCUUUCACUCUGCACUUUCAUAUUUUACAUAAAGAAAACUGAUUUCUCCA